CUACUGCUGUUUUGCAGAGCUAAUUCCGUCACACAAUGUGCUGCAGUGGCUAAAGACAAAGGAUAUAAGUACUUUGCAAUCCGGAAUGGUGGUGAAUGCCUUUCAGGUAGAAACCUUUAUUCUAGGCAUAAGGAACACGGAGAAUCAGAUGAAUGCUUUGAUGGUGAAGGAGGUCAUGAUGCCAUGAAUGUGUACAACAUAACAGGUAAUAUCUAAUGGAUUAAUGGUAUUAUUAUUCAUUCAAACUGAUAUUUCUUCAUUUCUGAUUGGCUCAAAUCCCCCAGCUAAUUCUUCAUAACCAGCUGGGGCAGACCAUAUUUGGAAUAAGAAGAUUUAGGCAAUAACCAACUGAUACAAUGGAUAUUUAAUAAAACCUCAGCAUCAGCUACAGUGGAACCUUGAUACAACAAAUCUCUAUAUAACAGGUCUUCUGACUGGUCGUGGAAGGUAAAGUCAAAUUUCGCGGGAUUUUUAGGGAAAAAUUUGCGGAAAAAUCGGCCAAUUUCGCAGAAAUUUCGCAGGAGUUUUUGGGGCAAACUUCACCAAAAAGCAAUUGCUAAAAAACAGCUGAUUUUGUGGUUAUUUUCAAGGCAAAUUUCGCUAGAAAUCGAUAGUUUUUGCGCUGAUCAGACCAGCGUUUUUAACGUUUUUCUAACAGAGGUCAUCAUUUGCUCUUUCAAUAAAAAUAUGCUCCAGAAAUGAACCAAUGGCAAAGGCUUUAACAUCAUGGCUAGUGCCCAGUUUUUCGCAACAUAAUCUACGCAUGGUAGUUUCAGGACGUUGUUUGCACCUUUCAGUCACGAAGUUCCAAGAUAAAUUUGCAAGUUUACGGCCAGUAAAUAGCCCCAAUAGCUGAAAUAAGUUCCAAAUAUGUUGUACAGACAUAUAUUUGAUAAGAUUUCUACUGAAUUUUGUGGUAUUUUCCGUGUUUUUGUGAAUUUAGUGGGAUUUUGCGGAUUUAUCUGAAUUUCGUGGCUCCGCGAGCGCACAAAACAUCAGAAGCCCUGAUAUAACGAAAUCCUCAGUUUAACUAACGAUUCUCUCUGCCCCAGUAAUAGUGAAAUCUAUGGAAGAGAACCUCGUUAGGACAAACCCCCGUUAUAGUAAACAAAAUUUUGUUCAGUCCGUUGGCCCUUUGUUAUAUUGAGGUUCUGUGUUUCCAGUGGGUAGGUGAUAUAAACACAAAUUCUUAUUUAUAUAACACCCCAUAUAUGUGCUUUUAAUAGGGGAUAUCCCAGAGCUAGAAGAUUUUGAAGGUGACAUCCUCCUUACAAAGGUUCAGAAAGCUAUGAUAAGACCUUUGCAUCAAGAUGUGGCUGCCGCGGGAGUCUGGUCCAAAACUCAGUUUAUGUGGCCUGAGAGAACUGUUCCUUAUUACAUCCCACCUGAUCUUGGUAAGAAUGAUCACUCUUUCAGUUAUUUUGUAUUGUCAAAGCUGAGCCAUCAGCUACGCAGGCUAGAACUGGUGUUCGAAAUAUUUUACAGUAAAUGGUGUUGUUAGGAAUAAAUAUUCAUUAUAUGUUAGAACAGGCCAUCUGAUAGGGUGCGAUAAAAAGUCAGAAAUGGUGCGAUAUUUUCAGGGUAGAUUGUCAAUAAGAUAGGAUUAUUAUGCAAUAAAUUAUGUGGUUUUUUCAGGGCUAAUUUACAUUGUUUUACCAGGUUUCGAAGGAGAAAAACCACUUUAAUGUUGUUUAACAGGCAAUUUGAAUGUAAAGGAAUAAUAAAACAUCUAUUUGAAAACAAAAUAGUUAAACUUGUCCGAUUAUUUUGACCCGGAAAAGAAAAAGGACACUUGCUUAAUAUUGCAUGACACGCUUACACCACUGACCACACUGCUUGUUUCUGAAAUCAAAAUGGCUGCCCCGAUACCGUGAUUGCCCGAUCAAAGGUUUCAGAUGUCUUGCCUUUCUUUAGUGGUAAAUCACCUUAAAUAAAAUUAAGAUUGAGAAAAUUUUUAAUUAAAGUUAGAAUUCAUUGUUUACUUUACUUGAAUUUAGCAUUUUUUUAUGAAUUAUACGAUUUUCCUCAAAUUGUGCGAUCGGAUGCGAUUUCAGGUCAAUUGUGUGAAAUCGCACCAUCGCGUAAUAUCAGAUGGCUUGUUAGAAACAACUCGGUAUGCUUUGCAGUGUAUGGGGCCAUGUUGACAAACUCACAAGUUCUUUGCAAGCAUGCUGAGAUAAACUUGUACGCCCAAGUUGAUGUUAAGGCUGUAUAAUGCAGAACUGGUGUCAAAUCAAACAUUAUCAACUACUGUAACCCUGUGUAUAGCCUUUAACGACAUCAGGGUAAAGCCACUCUUAUAAAUUAAAUCAAGUUUUAAAAUGUGGCCAAGAAAUUUAAUAGAAAAAUAACAAAAUGUCAGCCAUGUUUUUUUACUUGGGUUUGGUUGUAGCUGCCCAUUUUGUUACCAGACAAGCUCACUCUCUGUAGAUCAGGGAGAAACGUAACAUGCAUGGACUUUGUCUGAUUAUGGUGGCUCACUUAACUUGAUCAGUGAUAUGUUAAUAUAUUAUAACUAUCAUCAUCGCUGACCGCUGACCACUGACCGCUGAUUGCUCUUGUGGGCUUGCUCUUAGACUCCAAGGACUGGGAUUUCUUUAUUUUGAAUAUCCUUUCUUGAGCACAUCUUCUGGUUGCAUGGAAAAAAGUAAAGUGUAUCAUAAAUUUUUGUAAGUAGUUUCCUUCAUAGCCAAUGUCUCAUGAGGUUAUAGAUUUCAUAGUAACAACAACAUCACCUUACGAUGUUUAUUCGAUUAACGCCGCCCUAAAGAAAUGCCAUCCUUUAUCAAAUGCAACAGAUGAAAGCAAAACUACCAAUAAAUGCCACCCUCUAAUAAACGCCACACGUAAUCAGUAGAAUGUGGCGUUUACUUGAGCAUAAUAAGAAAAACGUUGGUACAACUUGGUAGUUUACACCAUCCAGACAUUUACUAUUCUACAUGUAGCUCAGCAAAAUAUGAGUGUCAAUGGAACGUUAAAAUUUAAUCUUAAUCUUUACAAACCAUUUACAAUAACUGUUGUCAGUGAUUAAAAAAAAAAAUGAUUUUGAAAUAAACACCACCCUUAAAUAAAUGCUGCAUUUGAAAUGCUAAAAAUUUAAUAAACGGUGCAGCAUUUAAUCAAAUAAAUACAGUAUUUCUUUUUUUAAAACAAUAUCAGACACAUUGAUUUACUUCUAGUGAGUAGUCAUUGAGGUAGGUUGUCUUAACUAAAUACAAAAAUUAAUGUUUACUUUGAGUGAUGGAAAGUUGAUUUACUCAACCUGGUUAACUCACUGCUAACCAGAACCAGAAUCCCUCUUAGUUGUCAUGUGUUUCAUUUUUCAGUUGGCCAUCAGUUAGCUGACAAGUUUAAUCAUGGGAUGAGACACUGGCGUGAACAAACAUGCAUUCAGUUUGUCCCUAAGUCUGGUCACAGAGAUUGGAUUGAGUUAUAUCGAGAAAAGAACCCUGACAGCCGUAGGUAACGUGGUUAUGCCAAUGGUUAUAUAUGGGAAAUUCAAAUACCCUGCUAGUGGAAGUUCUUUUCUGGCUUAGUUUUUCAUUGGCCUUUGUAGAGUCUAUGCAUGCUUAAAAGUACAUGUAAUGUCAUAAGGCCUACACUUGUAGUUAAGGAUCAAGGGAGCAACUGCGAUUUGGGCAAGCUGUAGCUAUAGAACGUACUAGCCCAAUAUUUAUUUUAACUAGCCCUUCUCUCCUUAUUUUUUAAAGGCAUGGUUGAUUACAGUUCUUCUUGUCAUUUGAAUUCCCCCAAAAACUUUAACUGGCCUUUUUAGCAAGGUACGAAGAGAAUUUACUAUCACGAUAGCAGAAUUUACUAGCGUCAAACUAUUGGACACUACUUUCUUUGCAUGCUGAGGGCAGGGGGCUGGGGAUUUUUCCAGCUAGGAGACAAAAGAAAAAAUAGAACCAAAGGAAAUUCCUAGCUGCAUGUUCAAUACCCCACCUGCUAAUUGCAUAUACCCAGCGAGGAUAAAGUCUUAGUGACAGCCCUGUAUGUUAGAAAGAAACCGUAGUUAGUAGGGUUAGAGAAAUGGGUUAAUUGCUUCUGGGGACUCAGUUAAACCUUAUAAAUAAGCUAACAACAAAGAUGUAGCAGGCCAUUUUGUAAGCUUGUAGCCAAACAAUGAAUGGAAAAUCAUUUUAAAAUAAAAAAAAAAACUCCAUCAUUUUUCCACCCUCCAGUUUGUGUAUUUAAUACACAAACAAACAUGUAAUUAUGUAAAUUGUUUUGUAAUACAAACGCAAGCAAAAAAAAGCGCAUUUGAGGGAGACCAAGGCUAGCCACUGGUUCCGUCUUCACGCUGAUCAUGAGCUUUAGUCAGUGAUGAGCCUAACAAUGUGUCUGUUUUAGGUGCGCCUCUUCCAUUGGUCGUAUUGGUGGUUACCAGCCAAUCAAAUUAGGAGACCACUGUCCGGCAGGCAGCCUUAUUCAUGAAAUGGGACAUGCCCUGGGAUUAUGGCAUACGCAGUCUCGGCCAGACAGGGACGGUUAUGUUAAAAUAAUAUGGGCAAAUAUCCUACCAGGUAAAUGCAUUGUAGCUUUCGUCUAAUUGAGUAAUUGUCUUGGGUAAAUAGAGAAGAGAAAUGAUGGCGUGACAAAAACCAAAUUUGUGAGAUUAUGGGAUUGAUUGGUUUUUCUUGUUCUUUCUGGAUAUGCUAACCUAUCCCAUAAUUUAACAAAUUUGAAGUUUUGUGACGUCACAUCAGCUUCUCUAUAGGAACUUUGCAGUUACUUCUGUCUGUGGCCUACCUCCCUGAUACAGGGGCACCUAGAUGUGGUGCCUACAAUUCCCCUAACUUUUUAUUUGGCCCACUUUAAGGUAGAAACCUCUCUAAGAUUGGACAUUUAAUUCCGGUUCCAUAGAGUUUGCUGUAUUCUCGUUUUUCUUUUGGUAGAAGACGCAAAGGGAUCAUUUGCUGUAACUGUUUCAUUUCAGACGGCUUUAAACUCGCUCUAGCAAGUUUAUAACUUCAACUGCAACUUUAUUUGAAUUCACAAAUAACUUACAAUGAAUACUUAAGACUGGCCUGCAACUAGACUGCUAGUAGUCUCUCUUUUUCUUCAGAUUUAGGCCCGGUUCAGACGCCGUACUUGUCCGCUCAGCUGUUCUUUCCGCCUAGCCCGGCCGGGAAUUUCGCCUUUGGAUCGACUCUGGAACGCCUUUGAUUCAGACGCCGCACUUUUCAUGUACCGAACCUAGUGCAUAAAUUCUUAUUACGUGUUUCAGUUUGUAAGCAGUUUGACCGAAAUGAGCAUUUUUCUCCUUCUGAAUUUAGUUCGGCUGGAAUUAAGAUCCGUGUCUGAAUCGAUUCAGCUGGUCUAAAUAAUUUGGGUCGGCCUUAAUUCGAAUAUAGGUUCGGCUUACGAAAAGUACAGCGUCUGAACCGGGACUUAGUGAGAGCAGUGCACGCACGCGCGAGCGUCGAGCGAUGAAGCCGCAAGACAUGAGAAACAAGGGCGGCGGCCCGAGAAGUCACGCGUGUGGUCAUUUUCGUCUCUCGGCUGUUUCCCCCGAGGAGCUAACUCUAUGGAAAGAGAGAGACUACUCGUAGUCUAGUUUAUAACUCAUGCACACUUAAAGCGCCCUGUAAAUUUUAACAAAACAACAUGCCAUGCCAUUGUCUUUUCAAAAUAAGUGAUCUGUUUUUUUUCUCUCUGUUCAUGCUAGGUAAAUCAGAACAGUUUUUGAAAUAUGAACACGGCAUUGUUGACACGCAAAAAAUACCGUACGACUAUAUGAGCAUUAUGCAUUAUGGAAAAGACUACUUCGCAAAGUUGGAUGCAAGCAAAAGGCAUUAUCUUACCACUAUCGAGACUAAAGAUACGAAAUAUCAAAACUCUAUUGGCCAGAGGAAGUACCUGACGCCGAGUGAUGUCCUUGCGAUAAAUACCGCGUAUGGAUGUCCCGGUAAAUAUUAAUAUUAACAUUGAUUUUUACUUUUUCUGAGGAUAAUUGCGUCACAAAGAUUGAGUGCUUUUUGCAAAAGAGGUAAUGUGUUGUUUUUAAAUCUGUAGUUCAAAUUACCUCACUACAAUACAAGAAUAGGGAGGGGUUUUAGAGCAAAAUGAAUUAGGAUACUGUUGACUGUCGCUCAUAAGGCCUUAGCUUAUAUAUCUUCGUCAGUGGUUUCAAGGCUGGUUUUCACUGGUUUUCGGAGUCGGGGUCGUAAUCAGAAGCCUAAGACUUUACGAUCUAGCGAAAACAGCGUUCUGAUUCCGCUUACGACUCCGUCGGCUGUCGCAAACUAGGUUGUCGGAGUCGCAAGCAGAAGCGUAUGAACCAAACCAAUCACAAAAGCGUUGGAACGUUUAAUUUGAUUGGUUUAUCCUUCCGCUACUGCUUUCGACUCCGACAAUCUGGUUCUCACUAGAUCGUAAGCGGAGUCCAAAGAAAAUGGAAACGUUCUGAUUCUUUUGACUCCGAUUCCGUCGCGCAUAUGACUCCGCCUACGACUCCGAUUUUUGAUAUUCACUAAGUCAUAAGCGCUCUUGCGACUCCGCUUUCGACUCCGACUCCGGCGCUAGAGAAAACCAGCCUUUAGGAGCGCUUAUAAGGAGGGGCUUGUAUUCGAGGUGGCUUGAUAUCAGAAAAGAAAGAGCGCUUAAAAACGUCAUAAAAAGGACGGGCGCAUGAAUCCAAUCCUUCCGCCCUUGCAGCCAAACUGGACAAAUUUGCUUACACACGUUAUUUAUAUAAAGAAAGCCACUCCCGAGGGAGAAACGCAGACACACUCCUGAAAUAGAUCUCUCCCUACUAAUUCGUCAGAAUUAAAGGCCAGUGUUACGCGAGCGAGCGCUGGGAAUAAGGCUAGAAGACAAAGGGAAUGGAGAAUCAACUUAGGUUAAUAAGAAAUUAACCCGAAAUCAAAUUUCACCACCAAGCCUCGUUACGAAAUUAAAAAAUUAGCGAAGUUUCAAAGAAAUGAAUUCCCGAGGCAGUAAAUUGAGGCAGUAGAGUUGAAAAGAGAAUACCCACGCACAAAAAAUGCAAAUGCAAAAAGUUUUGAUCACAAGCGAGGCUUGGUGGUGAAAUUUACUCGUCUGACGUAAUCAUAAAUAAGGGCUAUCGUUGAACUCACGCAAUACAGCGUUUUCACUCACUUGAUUAGCAGCUAUUUAAACUUAUUCAACCAAAGAGUGGAUUUUCUCACCGGACUGGUUUGGAACAUUAAGAUCGCCGCCGUUUUAUUGUUUUGGUACACUAAUAUGUUGCAGAUGUGACGUCUUAUAAAAACGCUCCAUAGUUAACUAUCCGUGAGCGUUUUUUUUUUCUUUCCAGUUAAUCAGAUAUAAUAGAGGAUUAGUUACAUUUUGUGAUGCUGCUGUUGUUGUUGUUGUUCUUGUUAUUAGAGAGCUUUACAGGGUUGCCACUCAUCAGAAAGUUAAAAAUUCCCUAACUUUUCCCUGACUUUUCACUGACCUUUCAUUAAUGAGAAACAAUCCAUGUUUACAUUUGCUUUAGCAUUUUUUUUCGAUAGUUUUCUCUUCAUUUUCAUCCUCUUUCAGCUUUUUGCGGAAAGAGGAAGAAGGAAUUUGGAAGAAAGCAUUCACAACGAAAACCACGAACCUCAAGUAAUACACAUGUGUCGGGCGUAGAGUGUCCAAUUGAUCGCUUUGCUUGCUUUGCAGCAUACUUUUCAUCUUUCCCGAAAGAAAACGCAUUUCAAAAUCUUGAAGAAAACUUAUGAACUAUAAACCGGAAAACAGAAUUCCCUGACCUUUCACGGACUUUGACAAUAGCAAAGAUUUUCCCUGACUUUUCCCUGACUUUGAAAAAUUUUCGUUUUUCCCUGACUUUUCCCUGACCGUGGCAACCCUGGCUUUAGAUUCGAGGACGAGAACGACUACGAGUACGAGAUUUGACUGUAUUUUUUAUGGCGUAUUCUCCAAAACUAGACGCCCCGGAAAACUUCAUUGAACUUGUGCUUCACCAGAAAAGUUAGCACUGUUAUCUUUAUUAAAGGAGAUUAAGCCGUCUUCCGAUCGCAAAAUGAUAAAACGUGUAACAUUUGAUAACUCCUCCGCCACUACGACAUUCACGCUAAAACUUGUAGUAGAAUGACGACGCUCUUUUCCCGCCAAAAUAGGGACUUUAAGAUCUGGGACGCGACGACUUCUAGAACGCGGUGGCUGAUAAAGGACUGGACCUGUAGAACGCCGUCGUUUGCGCGCGAAAAGUAAAGUUAAGAUCUCUGUCGCGAUGCAAGACGACGCGGCUGCAAACCGCUCUUUAUCAGUGUGAUUCUUCGGCGAUUCUUUCGCAGAAAUAGCCAUGGCAUCAUUUAAGAAAGUCCAAGAAAUGCUUUGUUUGUGCUUUGUUCGAUAGCAUCAUCUCCACUUCUUGGUUGACGCUUCGGUUUGUCAUCGCUUUCAUCCUCUGAUGAACCUCUUUUCUUCGUCUCUGACAGCUUCUCCAUCGCUUUUAGUCUAACAUCUUUCACUUUAGCCCGAUCGUAUUGACGUUUUUUGCUAGCUGUUCCCUGUGUUUCCUGUAAUUCCGCUUCGCCACUUUCUUCCAACGCGAUGAUCAUAUCUAAUAGGUUUUCUAGUUCCGUUGGCUCAUCGGGAGUUAUCCCAGUUGCUUUUUCCUCCGCUAGAAGUUUCUUCUUAUGCUUGUAAACAAGGAUUCCCACGUGGUCUCGGACUGAUCGCUUAUCAACCCUGAAUUUCGGCACAGUGAAUUUGUUCAAGUUAUCUGCUAUUUUUUCCCACAUUCUACUUCUUUGUGUUGACCCUUUCUUAGUUGUGUAGGGAUUUACAUUGACGACUUCUCUGCAUAGAAUGGCUUCAUGAUCAUGAGUCCAAAACAUUACUGAACUAAAGAGAAGCAUAAAAACACACACAGUUUAAUAAAAUAAAAUAAAAUAAUACAGGCUUAAAAUUGGCUUUUAGCCGCAGAUGAACGCAAUAAAUCGAGAAUUGCAACGGUACAAGAGACGAGAAGAGUAUGCAGAAGACUCCUGCAUUCACUAUUUGCAGUUUUAGCUCGUGACUUACUUGCAAGCCUCGCUCGAAGUCGAAGUCGAAGGCGCUGCCAUUUUAUAAGCUUCGUACACCUGAAAGAAAUUUAAAAAUAAUCUGAAAUCCUUCCAUCUCUGCGAUCUAAAAUGUCGCCAGAAAUUACGUCCAAUGAUCCUAGAAGGCUGAUGUUACAUGUUUAGAGGAAUAUACCAUCAUUUAAUUUAAGCACAGGAACAAAUAUACUCACGUUUUGUACAGAACGUCAAACACGCAAAACCCACGUUCUCGACGCGACGUGGUGACACCAGGACAACGGCUUGAGCAUGCGCAACAUGUCUCCUCUUUGAAAAUCUACUUCCUGUCGCGUCUUACAGCCGUCGCGUCUCGGAUCUUAAAGUCCCUAAUGAUCCGGGCUCACGCGCGAGCAAUGCUCAGUGUUGCGAAAAUCUCGUACUCGUAGUCAUUCUCGUCCUCGAAUCCAAAGCUCUCUAUUGUUAUUCUGAAGCAAGUAUUACUUUAGGCAUAGUUAGUAGAGGAGGCUGGUUAGGAAGUCCGGCAAACAUCAAAGUUGAAGACAAUGGUGCUGUAGGUUAUGUUGGAAGCUCCUUAACCGUCCACAAUCCUUAGUUUUCUGUUCACAAAUUAUGACUGAAUAAUAACAUACCAUAAUACUCUUUGUUUGUCACCUCAAAAGUUUGCAUAAGCAUUGUCUUCAGUUCCUCUUGGGAGUUGAAAAGGCCCCAAGAGAAACUGAAAACAUUGCUUAUGCAAAAUUUUGGGGUGACAAACAAAGAGUAUUUUGGUAUGUUAUGGUAUUUUCUGGAGUAGUCAAUUGAACGCUGUGCACGGUCAGGCCCAAAAAAGCUAGCAAAAACCUAUAACAAAAGGUUUCCCAACCAUUCCUCUUAAAUUAACUAUGCUUUAGGUUAUCUGUUUUUCUUUCAAUCUUUAUUUUUUUUUCCAAUCUUUCUCUUAAGAUUACCCAUACAUGUGGCACACUGGGAGUUGGAGUGAUUGCUCAGAAUCAUGUGGUAAAGGUAAACAGACAAGGAAAGUCUUUUGUGCCAAAGACGGUGGAAAGCAAGCCGACCCCAAGUUUUGCAGCGAGACGAAACUCCCGGAAGAUUCUCAAAAAUGCUAUGGAAGGCUAUGUGGUAAAGUAAAGUUAAUUGUUUCGUUACGUACUGAAUGUCUGGUCAUAACUCUAUACAUUACGAACAUAAAGUAACUGUUAAGGGAUUUUCAAAUAAUUUUAUACAUUUUCUAUAAUUCUUCUUUCAAGUUAACGUCAUGUAAAAACACAGGAGAAACGUUUGGAUGGUCGUCUGUCAAGGGUUAUGAUUAAUUACAGAUUUCCUUAAAUAGUUUGCCAAUACCAAAUACACACUUAGUAUCGACCGGAACGCCCUAAACAGGAAACAGCUUCCCUCACAGAAGGGCUUCCUAAACUCACAAUAAAUAAGAAAUAAAAAAACAACUAAAAGAAAGAAUCAUAAAUACCUAGACAAGUGGCAGUCAUGUACAAUAUUAAACUAGAAUAUAAUUAAACUAGUAAAAAAAAAACAAAUUAAGAGAAUGUAGAAAUAUCCUUCAUGUGUAGAAAGGAUUUCAGGCAAUCCUUAAAAUCGUCUAAAGAUUCAGUUUUUCUUAAAUGUAGAGGCACAGAGUUCCAUGACUUUACUCUUCUAAAGAAGUAAGAAAAUUUUAAAACAUUAGUUCUUGCAUAUCUAAUUUUAAACUGGUAAUUAGUUUGUCUGAGGUUAUAUUUACGUGUGGAACUGUCAGCAGACACAAGAUAGUAAGACAGAUCCAAAUCAUGUAGGCCCAUCAUGCAUUUAAAAAGGAAAAGUAAGUCCAUAAAGAGCCUCCUUGAGGCCAAGGAAAGAAAAUUCAGUUCCUGAAGUCUGAAGGCCUGUCCUUUAUGAUCAGUUUAGUGGCUCUUCGCUGAACUCUUUCAAUUAAGUCAAUCAAAAACUGCUGAUGUGGCGACCAGACCUGGGAGGCAAAUUCAGCGUGUGGUCUGACUAAAUGAAUGUAUAGUUUGAGCAGUACAUGGCGUUUGGUACAAGUACCACAAGUUCUCUUGAUCAAACGAAGGACUUUAUUAGCGGUGUUACUUUGGCCAUGAUAUGGUUAUCCCAGGAUAGAUUGUGACUUAUCAACACUCCUAAGUCUUUUUCUUCUGAUGACAAUGGGAUACGUUCGGUUCCAAGGCUGUAAGAGAUUUCCUAUCUCUUUCUUUUGUUCGUGAUGUAGAGAUGUUUACAUUUCUUAGUGUUAUCGUGAAAAACAGUACUGAAAGCGGCAAUUGUUUAAAACUCAAGAAAGAAACAUGCUCAUGCAGUUACUAAGCUACAUGAAUUGCCAGCAUAAUCCCUAACCCCUUUGAAUGACGUCACACUGGUCCCCGUGCAGCAGCGCGAUAGCCCAUAUAAAUAAUAUUUUUAUGUUCCUGCGGAGUUCAUCAUCAGGAUUAUUGAGCUCAGUCUCUUUGACCUCUUGGAAAUUGCCUCCCCCGUCCUCCUACCUCCUUUUUCGGCUCUUAUGUUAAGUAUCCUGUGGAUAUAUCAGAGUUUGAGUUCAGUCUCGUCUAUUUUUUGUUCGUUAUUUAUGGCUACUUCUAAGCUGACAGACCAAUAAAGAUACUUUUCAUGUUUUCUUUAGAAAAGUGUCCAUACGGUUGGCUUGCUUUUAGCAACGCUUGCUAUCAAGUGAAUAAAGAAGCAAAAGACUUAAAGGCUGCAACCGAGUCUUGUCUCGAUAAAGGAGCUGGAAUCCUCACGCUAUGGAACGCGGAGGAAGAAAAUCUUUUGCGAGCAGAGUUAUUCAAGAUGCAAUUGCACAAUGUGUUUUAUUGGCUAGGUGAGGCUAUUUUUCUCUGAAUCUAGGGUAGACUAAUCUAGGGUUGCUUGCCAUGAACACAAAUCACUUGGGUGGAAAUCGUGUGCAUAAAACUAUAUAUAAUUUCUUUAAAAACAGCAAAAUAAGCAAUAUACAGAGAAAAGGAAAAGCGUAAGAAGCGUGCAAAUGAAGUGCUUAUUGCAUACAAGCAGAAGUUGUUCUUUGUCUUCUCAAUGUAUGAUAAUUAUCCUUAGGCAUAACUUUUGACUGAAAUAUUUCUACGUGCAUCAAUCGAUGAUGCAACUGUUCUUUGAUUGCUAUAAGCAAAUUGAGGCUAAGGGGAGCGUACACACAAAGGGCUGUUACGAUUCCCAUUGCGUAUUGUCAAUAAGUUUUAGUUACAUGAGUUUGCAUCAUGAUUUUCAAACCUCAUUUAACACGUAUGUUAAAAAGUGGCUAUCUGCAACAAGAUCCUCGCGUUAGAAUUGUUUAUUGCACGAUAACAGCCGCAAUAUAACCUAGAGACGUUCUUAAUCACUUAUAUAAAUAAGGUAAACUGUUUUUUUUUUAAAUCAGGAGCGAAGUAUAGCCCGAGUAAGGGCAGUUUUUUAUGGCCUGAUGGUAAAGCAGUUGUCUACAAUUCGUGGAAUCCUGGAGAGCCCCGAUUUGGAUUAGAUUGCUCGUUAAUGAUCAACAGAAAAGGCUGGGGAACAGAAAGGUGUGACAUGGAACGAAAUUACAUUUGCAAAAAAGGUGCGUCAAUUACAAGAUAAUAUCGCCUUAUUUGAGUAUUAUAACAUGUGGAUUUUAAUUUCUAGACAGUUUACUGCUUUUAGUUUGUAUUUAUAGACAAAUCUUUUAUUUUUGCGAUACAGAACUAAAAAGCUACAAAAGGAAUAAGGUCGAGGCAAACAGGGAAAGUCACGACUACAAGUGGCAUACAAAGGAUUGGAACGAGUGCACAAAGUCUUGUGGUGGGGGCCAGAGGAAUAGAGAAACAUUCUGCGCUGAUGAACAGAAGAAUAAAGUAGACGAGUCUCUCUGUAAAGGUAUAGGUAAAUAAUUUUACAGACUUUCGUAGGUUCAUCAUGAGGGCUGUACUCUAGCAGAGCCCGGUGUCCCCUGGCGCCUAAAUUUUGCCCUCGGGCGACUAGAAAAUCUCAAAGUUUUCAUCGCAAUCAUAUGCUGGGCACCCUAGAUUCUACUGUUUCAGAGCACUGGGCUCCCUUCAAUUUUCCUUAGAGCACAGCGUUGAUCAUAAUUGAAGAAUGGAAAAGGUAAUAAGGUACAUGUACUUCAGUUUUCGGCCGACGUCAACACACAGAGAACCGGACGAUCAUAUUCCAAUUACUUGUAAUAAUUAUCCAAAGUGCAAAAAAAAAAAAAUACAAAAGAAACAAAACCAAUAUCUUACAUGCAUUACUCAAAAAAAAACAAAAACAAUUAACUGGCUUCAUACCACUUAUUCCGUCAUAUCCUACCAAAAAAAACUUUGCUACAAAAGAGAAAGUAUGUACCCUUUAAUCACCUACACCUUGUUUUAUUGUAUAGAUUCCCCACCCUCAGCCUGGCAAAACUGUAAUGUGGAAGCAUGUCCCUCUCAGUACAAAUGGCACGUGGGAGACUGGGGAAAGUGUAGUAAGACUUGUGGAGGAGGAUUAAAACGAAGGACAAAAAAAUGUGCUGGAAAAGAUAUGAUAUCAACUUCAUGGAAGUUGUGCAAGGGACAUGAACCAGUUACUAAAAUGAAGUAAGAAAUGAAUUAUACAUUUUGAAAAAAAAAUAGAGGAAUAUGCAAAUAAUUUUCUAGGCCUGUGAUAAUUAGCAUUGCGGUUGGAUUAAUUCUGCAACUGUUACAUACACCUGUUUGUAGUUAAAACCAAUUGAAAAGUAUUUGUUAAGUUUUCAUGCUGUUACAUACAGAUAGGAGGAUCCAGGAAAUUACUCAUGAGGCCUGUAUUGUCCCCAUUAGCUGUAAAUCGUAAGGUAUCGACACUUGAAGGGCUCUGUCUCGAGGAUAUUUAACGAUUAUUUCUCAAGCCCGAAUGGGCUCUGAGUCAAUAGCCCUUGGGGCCGAAGGACUCAUGUGCUAUUGCUUCAGAGGCCAUGAGGGCGAGAGGAAUAAUUGUUUUAGUAAAAUCCCACUAGUUGGUCGAAAAUAUCGAAAAUAAAAAAAGAUUAGCUACUUAAGGUGACUCGACUCAGUAUUUUUGCGGGGCUACCAUCCUACUUUGAAGCUCUCUGGUAUCCCCACCUUUACUUUUAUCGUAAGUCUAACACAUAGAAUGGAUAACAUAUAGAUCAAUCUACAAUAUAACAUAAAAUUUUUGGCGAUCGGAGUAAAUGGCACGUAGUUAUAAUGCCACGUCCCUUUGAGGUCUGAGUCGAAAAUCUGCUGUUGCCGGCAUUUUUUCGUGAAAAUCUCUCGGCUACACAUAGUGCGCAUUAGUGCCUUGCGCUGAACAGAGUUUCACCAAAAUCGCAAAGACCCAAUUCGAGAAAUUCAGCGGUUUCCAAAUUUAGGUCAUAAUUUAUGCGAAAAUGAUAAGCAAACUUUCCACGGAUUAUAUCAAAUAAACUAUGGAAUUCAUCUCUUUAUUUUGGGCAUCGUUAUAACAGAUGGGUCCUUGCAAGUCAGCAAAACAAUUUAGGGCCUUGUAAAUGCGCGCGAUUUCGAGCAAAGCAAACAUAUAGAAAUUAUAGUUUUCGCUAUUUGUUGUUCACUUCUAGUGGGCUAUAACAUAUAGCCUAGUAGUUGCUCAACCAAUCCGAACGCAGCAUUGAUAAUAGACCACUAGUUGGAUAUUACUAAUGCUGUUUUAGCUCAAUUCUGUGCUGAAGUCAUUACUUAGUGCCUUUACCCAUAAAAAUGACCCGUUAGAGAUAUGAAGCAGAUUUCAAACAAGUUUCAGCAGGGGACACUAACCAUAUUAAUAGCAGGGAAUGCAUUUAAACUUGAAAAAGUUGGCCCAGCUUUUUCAAUUUUCAAUCCAUGUCCAUCCUUGCCACCUGUUGCAACAGACGACAGGGAACAAUUUCAAUGCCUAAACAUAGUCUUAAAUGACAAAACUGAACCAUUAUUUUUGGAAUUCAAUUGGUGUGAAGACAAGUUUUAGCUUUUUAAAAAGACAGCAAAUGGUGUGACAUAGCACCUUUAAAUAGAGUCUUUUUCGUUCCAUGCCUUUAGAACGUCAGUUGAUUUGUUUCUGCUAGCCAUACACGCAGUUCCUAAAAACAGUCUUCGUUCAGAUCUCUUAGGCCUAGUUUAAACGUCAAUCUUUUCAUGUACCGAACCUAAUAUCCAUUUAAUAGGUCGACCCAAAUGAUAACAGUUCGACGGAUGAUUCAGACGUCGAGCUUAUUUAGUCGGACUAAAUUCAUUUUCACGAUGUUCAGUGGUCUAAAAUGCUUACAACUGAAAAUAAAUUUUAGUAAUUUAUACAUUAAGUUCGACACAUGAGAAGUUCAACGUUUGAAACGAAGUCGCUCCACAGUCGAAAUUCCCAUGUGGGCCACUCCAUCUUAAAACAUGGGUCGACCCAAAUUAGAUAUGUCGAACUUAAUUAAUUCAAACGUCGAUCUUUCCAUGUACUUAAUUGAAGGGAUUAGGUUCGGUACAUGAAUAGCUCGAUGUUUGAACUGGGCCUUCAACUAGCAUCAAGUUGUAAAUACCAGUCGUAUUUCACAUCGCUCAAUGGAACUAUGCUUGCUGAUAGCUAAUACUUGUAAUGAAUAAUAAUUUCGUACGUAGGUGCAAUACUGGACCUUGCCCAGUCAAAAAGCUGAGAGUUUCAUCUUCUCCUGUUUGGAAGGUGAGUUUCCUGUACGCAUGAAUCUAUUCGUUGUCUGCUUUACAUACAAGCCUUUUUAUUAAAAUGUCAGUGCUUUAAUUUCAGAAAGUAAGAACGGCGUUGUCUCGAAUAAAACCGGCUCUUUUAGUUUUUUGCGAAUUGAACGUUAAUUCUGGCUAUACUUCAAAAGAGCUAUAAAAACUUCGAAUCGCCAUUAUUUCUUUUUAUUUCGGACCAAUGUUAAGUUAAUUAAGGUAACAGAGAAUGUAUCAACGUUGUAGCUUUUAAAAUGAUCCAUUUGACAAUUAUUUUGAUCAACUUUUGGUUCGCUCCAGGUUAGCCCGUGGAGUAAAUGUUCCAAAACAUGUGGACAUGGACAUCAAAUAAGGGGAGUUCAUUGCAUGCGAAGCAACAAUAAGCCAUUGAGCUCAUCGUCGUGUGCUGGACAAACCAAACCUGUUGCUGUUCGAAGAUGUUUUUUGAAAGACUGCACUCUACGAAGAGGUUUGAGUUGUUCAUCGUCUUGAUCAACAUCAUCAUCGUCAUCAUCAUCGUCAUCUUGAGCCAUCGUCAUCAUGAUUUUUAUCCAGAAUAAUGAUUAUGGUUAUGAUUUUGCUAAUGAUAAUGAUGAUAAUAGAUGAAAUGAUAUGUGUGAAGAGAAGAACACAGAAAAAAAUUAUGAGUCAUGAUGAUGAUGACGAUCAUAAAGAUGAUGAUGAUGUGUUGAUAAUGAUGAUGAUUGUCAUUUACUUUCGCUCCCUUUUUUCCCACAAAUGCGAUUUUUUGCAGUUACGUCCCAUUGUACUUUUUUUUCAUGAGAAAAGAUAGUACUGUUAUCUAUAUUGAAGGAGAUGAAGGCCUGUCUCGAUCGCAAAAUGAUAAAACCUCUGAUAUUUGAUAACUCGUUUCCGCCAUUACGACAUUCUCGCUAAAAAUCGUAGUAGAAUGACUACGGCUACCAAGUUUUCCCGCCAAAAUGACGCUGAUUCACGCGUGCGCACUACUGUCUUAGUAGUGAGGAAAUCUCGUCCUCGUAGUCGUACUCGUCAUAGAAUCUUAAGGUCUCUAAUAUAAUAAUAUAAAGGGUCAGCGACCUGCGAGAGUUAAUUGGAGAGAGUUAAUUGGUACUGAAAAAGAUAAUCUGUACAGGUAAAAGAGAUGGCCUUUCUUCUGGCUCGAAUACUCGUGAAUUAUUGAUACUGUAUAUUGUCAAAUUGCUUUAUGUUGUAUGCAGUCCGAGAAUUUGUAUCAUCUCUAAAAUAAUAAACUGUCUUUUUUAUUCUUUUGUUCUUCGAUGAGAUGGCAAUGAGCAUGAGCUGUUUUUUCUAAUCCCGUACCUUAAAGCUUACAAAAUGUUGACCACCUUAAUGUUUGGUAUUUUUUUAGUUCAUAGAUGUUCUGAUAAUCACGUGAUGUGUAAGAUUUGGACUAGACAAGGAAGCUGCAGAACGUCCAAGUGGGUUCGUUCUAAGUGUCCACGUGGAUGCAAGACUUGCUAA